GGAAUGACCAGGGGAACAGGAGAAUUAGUUAGGAAAACAGAGGGGAUUCUUCCAUCAGUUGAGGAGGUUGCAGGAGACUCUCUGUGCACGAUCAUACACUUCAUACAUUUAGAAUUUUUAUUUCAUUCAUUCAAAGAAAAAGGCAAUUUAACUUAGAUUAUUUAUUUUUGGAAGACUCCACAUUGGCAAUUGCAAUUUACCUGUGUACUAGGAAGUCUGCGGCUCCGGGAACGCAGUUGACUUGGAGAGAGAGAGAUAAACAUUAUUAAUGAUUAUAGACAAAGCAUAACUUUUAAAGUUGCAUCAUGCCAUGUUUCAUUUCAUUGUGUUUGUACAUUUGGCUGGGGUUGUUACCUGGUCAGACAAGUGCAACAGUGAUUGAGGACAUCGAAGUAUUGGUGAUGUUGCCAAAAAAUAACUCCUAUAUUUUCUCAAUAGCAAGAGUGGCCCCGGCCAUAGAGUAUGCAAAGCAGAGGUUGAAAAUCAGCGGCGGUGUAUAUUCCGGACUUAAUUUCAACGUGCGCUAUGAGGAUUCCGACUGUGGCAAUGAUGCGCUCUUCUCCCUGGUGGACCGCUCCUGCGAGAAGAAGCCGGACUUGGUUCUCGGUCCCGUGUGUGAAUACGCCGCGGCGCCGGUGGUAAGGAUGGCUUCCCACUGGAACAUCCCGGUAAUAUCGACAGGUGCUCUGGCCAGCGGGUUCAGUGACAAGGAGAAAGAAUACUCUCACCUGACCCGAAUCUCCCCGUCUUACCUGAAAAUGGCAGAAACAUUCUCAGCGAUGUUCCAUCACUUCAACUGGAAAGAUGCGCUGCUGAUCUUCGAUGACGACAAAAAGGAGAGAAAUUGUUACUUCACUCUGGAAGGGGUGCACAUCAAACUCAUGGAGGAAUAUCAUACGGUCCACAUAGCAAUCAACACUAAAGAAGAGGGCCUGAACGCAGAUGACAUCAUCAACUACAUCUACGAGAGUGAAGGUAGGCUACUGUACUGAGAAAAGUCUCUCCACUGUCCCAUUGUAUAGCCGAAAUGUCAGAAUAGUUCAACUGUAGCCCCAUCUACUAAUACUGCCGCUUAUUUCACUUAUUCCACUUAACAUGUCCUCGUUCGUGUGCUUUAUUGAAGAAACACGUACAGCGCCUUCAGAAAGUAUUCCCACUCCUUGACUUUUUCCACUGUUUGUUGUGUUACAGACUGAAUUUUAAAAUGGAUUAUUAAUUCAGAUUUUGAUCACUGGCCUAUACACAUUACCCCAUAAUGUCAAAGUGGAAUUAUGUUUUAGAAAUGUGUACAAAUUAAUUAAAAAUGAAAAGCUUGAGUCAAUAAGUAUUCAACCCCUUUUGUUAUGGCAAGUCGCAUGGACUCACUCUGUGUGCAAUAAUAGUGUUUAACAUGAUUUCUGAAUGACUACCUGAUCUCUGUACAUUUAGCAGACGUUCUUAUCCAGAGUGACUUACAGGAGCAAUUAGGGUUAAGUGCCUUGCUUAAGGGCACAUCGACAGAUUUUUCACCUAGUCUGCUCGGGGAUUAGAACCAGCGACCUUUCAGUUACUGGCACAACGCUCUUACCCACUAAGCUACCUGCCACUAAGCUACCCCAAACAUACAAUUAUCUCUAAGGUCCCUCAGUCGAGCAGUGAAUUUCAAACACAGAUUCAACCACAAAGACCAAGGAGGUUUUCCAAUGCCUCGUAAAGGAGGGCACCUAUUGGUAGAUGGGUAAAAAAACCCCCAAAAAAACAGACAUUGAAUAUCCCUUUGAGCAUAGUGAAGUUAUUAAUAUAAUUUUUACACUUUGGAUGGUGUAUCAAUACACCCAGUCAAUACAAAGGUACAGCCGUCCUUCCUAACUCAGUUGCCGGAGAGGAAGGAAACCGCUCAGGGAUUUCACCAUGAGGCCAAUGGUGACUUUAAAACAGUAACAGAGUUUAAUGGCUGUGAUAGGAGAAAACUGAGGAUGGAUCAACAACAUUUUAGUUACUCCACAAUACUAACCAUCAUAUAUUAUGGGUAUGCUUGUCAUCGGAAAUAUCUAGGGAGUUUUUUAGGUUAAAAAUAAACGGAAUAGUGCUAAGCACAGCCAAAAUCCUAGAGGAAAACCUGGUUCAAUCCGCUUUCCAACAGACGCUGGGAGACUAGAGGAAAACCUGGUUCAAUCCGCUUUCCAACAGACGCUGGGAGACUAGAGGAAAACCUGGUUCAAUCCGCUUUCCACCAGACCCUGGGAGACUAGAGGAAAACCUGGUUCAAUCCGCUUUCCAACAGACGCUGGGAGACUAGAGGAAAACCUGGUUCAAUCCGCUUUCCAACAGACGCUGGGAGAUGAAUUCACCUUUCAGCAGGACAAUACAUUUUACAUUUUAGUCAUUUAGCAGACGCUCUUAUCGAGAGCGACUUACAGUUAGUGAGUGCAUACAUUAUUUUAUUUUUACACCCCCCGUGGGAAACGAACCCACAACCCUGGCGUUGCAAACGCCAUGCUCUACCAACUGAGCUACAUCCCUGCCGGCCAUUCCCUCCCCUACCCUGGACGACGCUGGGCCAAUUGUGCGCCGCCCCAUGGGUCUCCCGGUCGCGGCCGGCUACGACAAACCAUGGAUUCGAACCAGGAUCUCUAAUAACCUACUUAUAAGGCCAAAUCUACAGUGGAGUUGCUUACCGAGACGUAGACAGAAAUGGCUGUCUACAUUUACAGGUAUGUGAAGAAUACAUCAAGAUGUUAAAUCAAGCAUAAACAAAAGUGUUUGUGGAAUUUACUUCUUGCUUACUUCAAUAGCACAUAUUUGUAGUAGGCUACCGGGCCGACUGUACCGGGCCGACUGUACCGGGCCGACUGUACUGGGUCGACUCUACCGGGCCAACUGUACUGGGCCGACUGUACGGGGUCGACUGUAUUAUUUGCAAUGGGUUACAGGGCCAACUCAAUCUCAUGAUCGUGAAUAAUGGUUCCAUUCUAAUUGAAUUACUACAUGAUGUAGUACUGAGAGGUUUUGGAGCGGUGCCUUUGUCUCACACUGACACUGGUGCUGUGAUAUGAGGAGAGCGAAAUCUCCUCCCUUUAAAGCUGGACCACUUCACGCCCACACACACACAGCGCCUUCGGAAAGUAUUCAGACCCCUUGACUUUUUCCACAUUUUGUUACGUUACAGCCUUAUUCUAAAAUUGAUUUUUUUUUUAUUCUCAUCAAUCUACACACAAUACCCCAUAAUGACAAAGCAAAAACAGGUUUUUAGAAAUGUUUGCUAAUUUAUUACAAAUAAAAAACAAAUACCUUAUUUACAUAAGUAUUCAGACCCUUUACGCAGUACUUUGUUGAAGCACCUUUGCAGCGAUUACAGCAUAGAGUCUUCUUAGGUAUGACGCUACAAGCUUGGCACACCUGUAUUUGGGGAGUUUCUCCCAUUCUUCUCUGCAGAUCCUCUCAAGCUCUGUCAGGUUGGAUGGGGAGCGUCGCUGCACAGCUAUUUUCACGUCUCUCCAGAGAUUUUUGAUGGGGUUCAUGUCCGGGCUCUGGCUGGGCCACUCAAGGACAUUCAGAGACUUGUCCCGAAGCCACUCCUGCGUUGUCUUGGCUGUGUGCUUAGGGUCGUUGUCCUGUUGGAAGGUGAACCUUCACCCCAGUCUGAGGUCCUGAGUGCUCUGGAGCAGGUUCUCAUCAAGGAUCUCUCUGUACUUUGCUCAGUUCAUUUGUAUUUGUAUUGUAAUAUGGAUCCCCAUUAGAUCCCUAUUGCACCUGAGCUCAAUUUCGAGUCUCAUAGCAAAGGGGCUGAAUACUUAUGUAAAUAAUGUAUUUCUGUUUUUUAUUUUUAAUACAUUUGCAAAAAUGUCUAACAACCUGUUUUUGCUUUGUCAUUACGGUGUAUUGUGUGUAGAUUGCUGAGGAAAAUGUUGUAUUUAAUCCAAUUUAGAAUAAGUCUGUAAUGUAACAAAGUGGAAAAAGUCAAGGGGUCUGAAUACUUUCUGAAGGCACUGUAUACGCUGAGCUCCAAAAGUAUUGGGACAGUGACACAUUUGUUGUUGUUUUGGCUCUGUACUCCAGCACUUUGGAUUUGAAAUUAUACUAUGACUGAGGUUAAACUUUAAUUUGAUUGUAUUUUCAUUCUAAUCAGGUGAACCGUUUAGAAAUUACAGCACUUUUUGUACAUAGUCCCCCAAAAGUAUCGGGACAAAUUCAUUUAUAUCUGUAUUAAAGUAGUCAAAAGUGUUGUAGUAAUAAUAAUAAUAAUAUGCCAUUUAGCAGACGCUUUUAUCCAAAGCGACUUACAGUCAUGCGUGCAUACAUUUUUUGUGUAUGGGUGGUCCCGGGGAUCGAACCCACUACCUUGGCGUUACAAGCGCCGUGCUCUACCAGGUAUUGUAUUUGGUCCCAUAUUCACAGCACGCAAUGACUACAUCAAGCUUGUGACUCUACAAACUUGUUGGAUGCGUUUGCUGUUUUGUUUUGGUUGUGUUUCAGAUUAUUUUGUGUCCAAUAGAAAUGAACGGUAAAUAAUGUAUUGUGUCAUUUUGGAGUCACUUUUAUUGUAAAUAAGAAUAUAAUAUGUUUCUAAACACUUCUACAUGAAUUUGGAUGCUACCAUGAUUAUGCAUAUUAUGCAUAUUUGUGCUUCUGUAACUUUCUCACUCAUCAUUAUUCACGAUUCAUUAAGGAUUACUUUAAUACACAAUAAGUGAAUUUGUCCCAAUACUUUUGGUCCCCUAAAAUGGGACCUACGAACAAAAGGUGCUGUUCUUUCUAAACGGUUCACCCAAUAUGGAUGAAAAUACCCUCCAAUUAAAGCUGACAGUCUGCACUUUAACCUCAUUGUAUAAUUUCAAAUCCAAAGUGCUGGAGUACAGAGCCAAAACAACAACAAAUGUGUCACUGUCCCAAUACUUUUGGAGCUCACAGUACUGUGUAUCUACAUGAAUAUGGAUGUUACCAUGGUUACCAGUACUGUGUAUCUACAAUAAUAUGGAUACAGACGCGCAAAUAUACCCCGAAGACAUGUUAACCUCUCACCAUUACAAUAACCGGGGAGGUUAUAUGUGCGUCUAACUUUUAAUGAUUCAUUCAGGAUGAUCCGUAACCAUGGUAACAUCCACAUUCAUGUAGGAGUGUUAAGAAACAUAUUCUAUUCUUAUUUGUCUCAAUACUUUUGUACAAAAAGUGCUGUUUUUUUCUAAAUGUCCACCCGAUAUGGAGGAAAAUACCCUCAAAUGAAAGCUGACGAGUGGCGACCUGUUUUGCAUGUUAUUUUGGCAUUAAUACGUGUCACAUAUCAGUUAGCAAACAAUAAAAAUCAUUGAGUUAAUAAAGCAGCAUACAAACAUGGUCUCUUUUUUGCUUUCUUGAGUAAAGCAGCUCCAACAUGCAGGUGUUUCAGCCUAGCUCAGUGCUUUCUGUGGUGGUGGGGCAGCCAGCGGAAAAUAUGGAGCAUAGGGGUUGGGAAUGUUCUCUAGUUGCGCCGUGAUUGGCUCAGUGUUCUGUCACUCAUGGGGACACUACGUCAAAAUCUACGGGGAGAGCUCGAAAAUUCAAGCCCCCUGGGUGCUGCCAUAGAGUUACGUUAGAAGUGCCCAUCCAAUAAGGCUCAAGGUCAUUGGCCACAGAUAAAAUGACGUCAAAUCACGUUAUAUCUACCGUAGCUUUGAUUGGACUGAUCAUGUCAACAUCAUACUUUCAAAAUCUUAGCUAGCAAGCUAGACAAGCAGUCAUCAUCAUCCUUUUUUAAUCCUUGUCAUAUGAAGAGAAAUUAUGAAGAGAAAUUAUAGAUAAAACGUAUCGGUGCUCAUCGGCCAUUGGACAUAAACAUUAAACAACAAGUUGGAAAUCGCAAAUUCAACAAUGAGUGGUUUGGAGGGAAUCAGUGGCUAACUGCAAGCAUUGCAAAACAAUCACUAGCCUGCUAUUCAGUGGUGUGGAUGUGUGGUCCAAGUCUGGGUUUAAGGGUCUCUUCUCCAAACUUAAAAGGAUAAACAUUCAACAUUGGCCAUGCUGUCAAUCCAGCAUGACUUCUGCCGCUUUCAUAACAACUGGAAAAUCAGAACUGGGAAAUCUUAGACUUCAGUGAGUUCAAGACAACUGGGAACUCGGAAAAAAACUAGCUCCGACUGGGGAAAAUGCGUUUUGAACAGUCAUCCAACUCAGAAUUCCAAGUCCGGAACUCGGGCUUCUUUCUAGAGCUCCGAUCUGAAGAUCACUUAUGUCAUGACUCGACCUUGUUUUUCCAGAGUUCCCAGUUGCGCACCAUAAAUCCAGAGAAUGUCAGACUUUGAUGACAAAAUUUGCCCACGAAGAACCGCCGCGCCACCUUCCUGUUCAAGUGAGCACAGCACAACAAGGUGAGUCCAAAAAUGUAUGGAGCAGUGGAAAUGCGUUCUCUGGAGUGAUGAAUCACGCUUCACCAUCUGGCAGUCCGACGGACAAAUCUGGGUUUGGCGGAUGCCAGGAGAACGCUACCUGCCCCAAUGCAUAGUGCCAACUGUAAAGUUUGGUGGAGGAAGAAUAAUGGUCUGGGGCUGUUUUUCAUGGUUCAGGCUAGGCCCCUUAGUUCCAGUGAAGGGAAAUCUGAACGCUACAGCAUACAAUGACAUUCUAGACGAUUCUGUGCUUCCAACUUUGUGGCAACAGUUUGGGGAAGGCCUUUUCCUGUUUCAGCAUGACAAUGCCCCUGUGCACAAAACGAGGUCCAUACAGAAAUGGUUUGUCGAGAUCAGUGUGGAAGAACUUGACAGGCCUGCACAGAGCCCUGACCUCAACCCCAUCGAACACUUUUGGGAUGAAUUGGAACGCCGACUGCGAGCCAGGCCUAAUCGCCCAACAUCAGUGCCCGACCUCACUAAUGCUCUUGUGGCUGAAUGGAAGCAAGUCCCCCGCAGCAAUGUUCCAACAUCUAGUGGAAAGCCUUCCCAGAAGAGUGGAGGCUGUUGUAGCAGCAAAUGGGGGAACCAACUUCAUAUUAAUGCCCAUGAUUUUGGAAUGAGAUGUUCAACGAGCAGGUGUCCACAUACUUUUGGUCAUGCAGUGUAUCUCUAUGGUGUCAAUUGUUUCGGUUGUAACCAUUUUCUAUUUGGACACAUAUUUGGGGGGGACUUUAACCUAGCAUAUGACUGGCAAUAACAAUCUUGCAAAUAGUCCGGGUAGCCAUGAUUAGCUGUUCAGGAGUCUUAUGGCUUGGGGGUAGAAGCUGUUAAGGAGCCUUUUGGACCUAGACUUGGUGCUCCGGUACCGCUUGCCGUGCGGUAGCAGAGAGAACAGUCUAUGACUAGGGUGGCUGGAGUCUUUGACAAUUUUUAGGACCUUCCUCUGACACCGCCUGGUAUAGAGGUCCUGGAUGGCAGGAAGCUUGGCCCCAGUGAUGUACUGGGCCGUAUGCACUACCCUCUGUAGUGCCUUGCGGUCGGAGGCCGAGCAGUUGCCAUACCAGGUGGUGAUGCAACCAGUUGGGAUGCUCUCGAUGGUGCAGCUGUAUAACCUUUUGAGGAUCUGAGGACCCAUGCCAAAUAUUUUCAGUCUCCUGAGGGGGAAUAGGCUUUUUGUGCCCUCUUCACGACUGUCUUGGUGUGUUUGGACCAUGAUAGUUUGUUGGUGAUGUGGACACCAAGGAACUUGAAGCUCUCAACCUGUUCCACUACAGCCCCGUCGAUGAGAAUGGGGGCGUGCUCGGUCCUCCUUUUCCUGUAGUCCAUAAUCAUCUCCUUUGUCUUGGUCACGUUGAGGGAGGGGUUGUUAUCCUGGCACCACACGGCCAGGUCUCUGACCUCCUCCCUAUAGGCUGUCUCAUCGUUGUCGGUGAUCAGGCCUACCACUGUUGUGUCGUCGGCAAAUUUAAUGAUGGUGUUGGAGUCGUGCCUGGCCAUGCAGUCAUGGGUGAACAGGGAGUACAGGAGGGGACUGAGCACGCACCCCUGAGGGGCCCCGUGUUGAGGAUCAGCGUGGCAGAUGUGUUGUUACUUACCCUUACCACCUGGGGACGGCCCGUCAGGAAGUCCAGGAUCCAGUUGCAGAGGGAGGUGUUUAGUCCCAGGGUCCUUAGCUUAGUGAUGAGCUUUGAGGGUGCUAUGGUGUUGAACACUGAGCUGUAGUCAAUUAAUAGCAUUCUCACGUAGGUGUUCCUCUUGUCCAGGUGGGAAAGGGCAGUGUGGCGUGCAAUAGAGAUGGCAUCAUCUGUCAAUUUGUUGGGGCGGUAUGCAAAUUAUGUGGGUCUAGGGUUUCUGGGAUAAUGGUGUUGAUGUGAGCCAUGACCAGCCUUUCAAAGCACUUCAUGGCUACAGACGUGAGUGCUACGGGUCGGUAGUCAUUUAGGCAGGUUAUCUUAGUGUUCUUGGGCACAGGGACUAUGGUGGGCUGCUUGAAACAUGUUGGUAUUACAGACUCCGUCAGGGACGUGUUGAAAAUGUCAGUGAAGACACUUGCCAGUUGGUCAGCGCAUGCUCGGAGUACACGUCCUGGUAAUCCGUCUGGCCCUGCGGCCUUGUGAAUGUUGACCAGCUUAAAAGUCUUACGUCAGCUACGGAGAGCGUGAUCACAUAGUCAUCCGGAACAGCUGAUGCUCUCAUGCAUGCUUCAGUGUUGCUUGCCUUGAAGCGAGCAUAGAAGUGAUUUAGCUCGUCUGGUAGGCUUGUGUCACUGGGCAGCUCACGGCUGUGCUUCCCUUGGUAGUCUGUAAUAGUUUUCAAGCCCUGCCACAUCUGACGAGCGUCGGAGCCUGUGUAGUACGAUUCAGUCUUAGUCCUGUAUUGACUCUUGGCCUGUUUGAUGGUUUGUCGGAGGGCAUAGCAGGAUUUCUUAUAAGCGUCCGGGUUAGAGUCCCGCUCCUUGAAAGUGGCAGCUCUACCUUUAGCUCAGUGCGGAUGUUUCCUGUAAUCCAUGGCUUCUGGUUGGGGUAUGUACGUACGGUCACUGUGGGGACGUCAUCAUCGAUGCACUUAUUGAUGAAGCCAGUGACUGAUGUGGCGUACUCCUCAAUUCUAUCGGAAGAAUCCCUGAACAUGUUCCAGUCUGUGCUAGCAAAACAGUCCUGUAGCUUAGCAUCUGCUUCACCUGACCACUUCCUUAUGAACCGAGUCACUGGUGCUUCCUGCUUUAGUUUUUGCUUAUAAGCAGGAAUCAGGAGGAUAGAGUUAUGGUCAGAUUUGCCAAAUGGAGGGCGAGAGAGAGCUUUGUACGCGUCUCUGUGGGUGGAGUAAAGGUGGUCUAGAGUUUUUUAUUUAUUUUAUUUUUAUUUUUUUCUCUGGUUGCACUUUUAACAUGCUGGUAGAAAUUAGGUAGAACGGAUUUAAGUUUCCCUGCAUUAAAGUCCCCGGCCACUAGGAGCGCUGCCUCUGGAUGAGCGUUUUCCUGUUGACUUAUGGCCUUAUACAGCUCAUUCAGUGCAAUCUUAAUGCCAGCAUUGGUUUGUGGUGGUAAAUAGACAGCUACGAAAAAUAUAGAUUAAAACUCUCUUGGUAAAUAGUGUGGUCUACAGCUUAUCAUGAGAUACUCUACCUCACGCGAGCAAAACCUUGAGACUUCCUUAGUAUUAGAUUUUAUGCACCAGCUGUUGUUUACAAAUAUACACAGACCGCCACCCCUUGUCUUACCGGAGUCAGCCGUUCUAUCCUGACGAUGUAGCGUAUAUCCCGUCAGCUGUAUGUUAUUCAUAUCUUCUUUCAGCCACGACUCGGUGAAACAUAAGAUAUUACAGUUUUUAAUGUCCCGUUGGUAGGAUAACCUUAAUCUUAGGUCAUCCUAUUUGUUUUCAAAUGAUUGAACAUUGGCUAAUAGGAUUGAUGGAAGAGGCAGUUUACUCGCUCGCCGUCGGAUCCUUACAAGGCACCCCGACCUACGUCCACGAUAUCUCCGUCUCUUCCUCAUGCGAAUGACGGGGAUUUGGGCCUUGUCGGGUGUCUGUAGGAUAUCCUUUGCAUCCGACUCGUUGAAGAAAAAAAUAUUCGUCCAAUACGAGGUGGGAAAUCGCUGUCCUGAUAUCCAGAAGCUCUUUUUGGUCAUAAGAGACGAUGGCAGAAACAUUAUGUACAGAAUAAAUUACAAAUAACGUUAAAAAACACACAUAAUAGUACAAUUGGUUAGAGGGCUGUAAAACGGCAGCCAUCUUCUCUGGAGCAGUUCCACACAAAAUGAAGAAUAAAUAAGGUGUUAAUGUUCAUGAACACAUUUUUUUAUUGAAUUGGGAACUAUCUAGCUAAAUUAUACAAAAGACUACUUCCAUUGACUGGGGUCUAUCCAUAGGGAUAUACAGCUGGCACUAUCAAGUCUGUAGUCUGACUAGGAUAUCCACCUCUGACCUGCUGGCCCCCCUACCUCUGCGGAAGCACAGUUCCCGCUCAGCCCAGUCAAAACUGUUCGCUGCUCUGGCACCCCAAUGGUGGAACAAGCUCCCUCACGACGCCAGGACAGCGGAGUCACUCACCAACUUCCGGAGACACUUGAAACCCCACCUCUUCAAGGAAUACCUGGGAUAUAGGAUAAAGUAAUCCUUCUACCCCCCCCCCAAAGAUAAGAAGAAAAAAAACAUAUUGUAAAGUGGUUAUCCCACUGGCUAUAAGGUGAAUGCACCAAUUUGUAAGUCGCUCUGGAUAAGAGCGUCUGCUAAAUGACGUAAAUGUAAAUGUAAUGUAAAUAUACAGCUGGCACUAUCAAGCCUGAAGACUAAGAUGUACACAAAUUAAAUCAAAUCAAAUUUUAUUGGUCACAUGCGCCGAAUACAACAGGUGCAGACAUUACAGUGAAAUGCUUACUUACAGCCCUUAACCAACAGUGCAUUUAUUUUAAACAAAAAAAAGUAAAAAUAAAACAACAACAAAAAAAAGUGUUGAGAAAAAAAGAGCAGAAGUAAAAUAAAGUGACAGUAGGGAGGCUAUAUAUACAGGGGGGUACCGUUGCAGAGUCAAUGUGCGGGGGCACCGGCUAGUUGAGGUAGUUGAGGUAAUAUGUACAUGCGGGUAGAGUUAAAGUGACUAUGCAUAAAUACUUAACAGAGUAGCAGCAGCGUAAAAAGGAUGGGGUGGGGGGGCAGUGCAAAUAGUCCGGGUAGCCAUGAUUAGCUGUUCAGGAGUCUAAUGGCUUGGGGGUAGAAGCUGUUGAGAAGUCUUUUGGACCUAGACUUGGCACUCCGGUACCGCUUGCCGUGCGGUAGCAGAGAGAACAGUCUAUGACUAGGGUGGCUGGAGUCUUUGACAAUUUUGAGGGCCUUCCUCUGACACCGCCUGGUAUAGAGGUCCUGGAUGGCAGGAAGCUUUGCCCCAGUGAUGUACUGGGCCGUACGCACUACCCUCUGUAGUGCCUUGCGGUCGGAGGCCAAGCAGUUGCCAUACCAGGCAACUAGUAGCCUCUUUGAGUUCCCUAAACGGGAUGCCUGGGGAAGUUCCCUAAACGGGAUGCCUGGGGAAGUCGAUGGUAAAAAAUAAACAAAUAUUAAUAUUAUAGUGAACCCGGUGUAAAUCCGUCACUCCUCGCAACACGUCAAACCAAUCAAAUUCCUUUUUUGGGAGGAGCUCCAAAUUUGCUCACUAGAUUAGUGUAGUAGGUACAACAGUGUGGCCAGGAAAUCUCAGAUUAAAAUAUCAUCAGAAUAGGUUGGUGUAUGAUGAUGUUCUGUAUAGAGCACCCUCCGUUUUUUCCGCCGGGGUUUCUUCGAUUUUCUGCUAUGUUGCAAACUAGCGUACGGAACUCUCUGCAAAAUGGGUCCUACCCGGCAUGUGGGGGAGGGUUCUUGAAAUUUAACAUCCAAUGAAUAUUUUGCCCCCAGCGGACACUGUCCGUAGUCUGAGGAUUCGAUAUUACCGGUACGUAAACACAGCUAGCAACACUGUCAGUAGUCUGAGGAUUCGAUACUACCGGUACGUAAACACAGCUAGCAACACUGUCCGUAGUCUGAGGAUUAGAUACUACCGGUACGUAAACACAGCUAGCAACACUGUCAGUAGUCUGAGGAUUAGAUACUACCGGUACGUAUACACAGCUAGCAACACUGUCAGUAGUCUGAGGAUUAGAUACUACCGGUACGUAUACACAGCUAGCAACACUGUCAGUAGUCUGAGGAUUCGAUAUUACCGGUACGUAAACAGAGCUAGCAACACUGUAAAGCCUGUAGCCUGUAGUGCUGGGCGACCUGGCCUAAAAAUCAUAUCUAGAUUUUUUAUUUAUUAUGGCCAAUUCACAAUAUACUGUAUAUCUCGAUUAUUUUAAAUGUUUUCUAAAUAAGCUUUGUUGUACAAUUACACUAGUUAAAUUAUUAGUGUGUCUGAGUAUAAUUUCACAAACCCUGAAUUCAUUAGAUUAUUGCUGACAGUUUGAAAUGCAGUGUAUUCCUUUAUAUAAUUGCAUUUUUAUGCUUAUUGCACAUUUAUAAAACACCGACUAGACAGCUAGUAUAACAGUCUUUGGCUAACAUGCUGCUAGUGGUUCUAACGCAAUGCCGCGCGCGACAAACUGAGCAUUCAUUUUCAAAAUCAAUGUUCAUCGAUACUCCCGUUUUUUAGUAGUAUCUGCUCUGAGCUCAAUUUGAGGAGUUGAGACAGAAUGUAAAAAAGGGGUAUGGUUAGAAAGGUUAACUUCCCCUCUAUUACAGUCAUAUAAUGUGUCAGAGGAAGGCCCUCAAAAUUGUCAAAGACUCCAGCCAACCUAGUCAUAGACUGUUCUCUCUGCUACCGCACGGCAAGCGGUACCGGAGUGCCAAGUCUAGGUCCAAAAGACUUCUCAACAGCUUCUACCCCCAAGCCAUAAGACUCCUGAACAGCUAAUCAUGGCUACCCGGACUAUUUGCACUGCCCCCCCACCCCAUCUUUUUACACUGCUGCUACUCUGUUAAGUAUUUAUGCAUAGUCACUUUAACUCUACCCACAUGUACAUAUUACCUCAACUACCUCAACUAGCCGGUGCCCCCGCACAUUGACUCUGCAACGGUACCCCCCUGUAUAUAUAGCCUCCCUACUGUCACUUUAUUUUACUUCUGCUCUUUUUUUCUCAACACUUUUUUUGUUGUUGUUUUAUUUUUACUUUUUUAUAAAAAAAUAAAUGCACUGUUGGUUUAGGGCUGUAAGUAAGCAUUUCACUGUAAUGUCUGCACCUGUUGUAUUCGGCGCAUGUGACCAAUAAAAUUUGAUUUGAUUUGAUUUGAAAUAAUGUCUCAAUGUGUUUGUGUCCAUAUGACCGAUUCUGUUGGACCAAACCUCAAAAAGCAAAUAGCGAGUUGAAACCGCUUGUCAGAGAGGAAGAAGUGAUCUCUCAUCUUUGUUACUGCCAAUGUUUGUCUAUGGAGAUUGCGUGGCUGUGUGCUCGAUUUUAUACACCUGUCAGCAACUUGUGUGGCUGAAAUAGCAGCAUCCACUCAUUUGAAGGGGUGUCCACAUACUUUUGUGUAUAUAUAGUGUACAAACGACAACAUCAUAUGAACAUAAACUAUAUCACACCUGCCCAGACCCACCUGCUCACACCCCCAUCUCCAUCAACCAUAUCCCCCCUGCCCGACCCCACCUGCUCCCCACCCCAUCUCCACUCACCACAUCCCCCUGCCCAUACCCACCCUCUCACAACACCCCCCCUCCCAUCACCCACAUCACACACCUGCCCAGACAGACCCACCGGCUCCCCCCCGCCAUCUCUCCUCAACCACAUCACACCCCUGCUCACAAAGGGAAUACCCCCCUCCCCAUCAACCACAUCCUCCCUGCCCAGACCCACCUGCUCACCACCCCCAUCUCCAUCAACCACACCCCUCCUGCCCCAGACCCACCUGCUCCCGCCCCCAUCUUCCUCAACACAUCCUCCCUUCCCAGACCCACCUGCUCACCCCCCAUCUCCAUCAAAACCAGCAUCCCCCCCUGCCCAGACCCACCUGCCCACACCCCCAUCUCCCAUCAACCACAUCCCCCCUGCCCAUACCCACCUGCUCACAACCUGCUCACAAACCCCCCAUCUCCAUCAAAACCCCCAUGCGGAGACUCCCUGCCCAGACCCACCCUCUCCACCCCCAUCUCCAUCAACCCAUCCCCCCCUGCCCCAGACCCACCUGCUCCCCACUCCCCCCAUCGCCAUCACCACAUCCCCCCUGCCUCAGACCCACCUGCUUCCCACCCCCAUCUCCAUCAACCACAUCCUCCCUUGCCCAUACCCCACCUGUCCCCCCCCCCCCCCCCCAUCUCCAGCGCCCGAAUAUCGCUCUCCGCCACAUGGCCUCAAACUGCACCAUUUUGUUUCUCUCCGUGGCCCAUGCACUUUCAAUAUUUCAAUAAUAAAAUAAUCAGAUUUUUCCAUUGUGUUAAUGAUGGCAGAUUGAUUGAUUUCCAAGUUUUUUAGUAUACGUUUUUUCAAGAUGAGUGAUGAGAAGAGAAUCAUCCAGCCCAUCGGGUAUCUCACUACUCCCCCAUAUGCCAUGUCUUGAAAUAUGCAGACAGACGGAUUAAAACUAAGUUGACAUUAUAAUACAUCUGACAGCCAACUUUCUAGCUCCGCCCAUAACUUUUUGACUUCACAGCAUUCCCAGAAGGCAUGAAUUACUGAGUCAUUAUUAGUUUUACACUUAAGACAUGACUCUGCCGUUGUGCUGUGUAGAAUUUGUCAAUUUUGUCUCUUGUAUUUUAAAUUCAUUAUAUACAUUAGCUUAUACUGGAUUAAGCGUACAUUUUAAUUAACUGUAAUUUUUGUUAGUUAUGCUCAAACGUUCCCUCAAUCUUGGGCCAACAUCAGUUCUCUUUUAGUUAAUAUUGUUUUCUAAGAGAUUGUCAGUUGGAUAUGCUCUCAGCAAGGAUUUGUAUAUGUUCCGUAUCAUAUGAACAUCCUUUUCUGAAUCAAAUAAGAUUCCCUCAAGAUUGCUCUGAUGUCCAAAAUAUUUCAAAUAGACAUUUUGUGCUAUUUAACUUUUAAGUUGCAUGUAUUUUGAAACUAUCUAGAUUGGUCAGUCCAAAAUGUAUUCUGUCAUGUAUUUCCUGUUACCAAGUCAUUUCCUGUUUCUAUGCCCUUUAGUUUUCCAUGUGGUCCAAUUUGUCGGUGAGUUCUGAAAAGCUCUCCAAGGAUUGUUCCAUAAGGGGUGUGUUUUUAGGGAGUGAUAUUGGUUCUUGUAGAAUAUGUUUCAUUAUCUUCCAUAUUGUUAUAGUGUUCUUAACUAUGAAGUUGUUAAUGUUCUUAGCUUUAUCCUUUUGAAAAUAGACACGUAAAAACAUUCUGGGAAUGAGCAUGAACAUCCUCAAUCUGUACCCAUUGUUCCUGUUUAGUGCAUUUAACUAUAUGUCUCAAGCGAAAGCCUUGGUUGGUGAGUUGAUCCAAUUCCAAGUCUGGAAGGUUAAAACCCCCCUCAGACUGAGGAAGGUUAAAACGCCCCUCAGACUCAGGAAGGUUAAAACCCCCCUCAGACUCAGGAAGGUUAAAACGCCCCUCAGACUGAGGAAGGUUAAAACCCCCCUCAGACUCAGGAAGGUUAAAACGCCCCUCAGACUGAGGAAGGUUAAAACGCCCCUCAGACUGAGGAAGGUUAAAACGCCCCUCAGACUGAGGAAUGUUAAAACGCCCCUAGACCUGAGGAAGGUUAAAAACGCCCCUGAGACUGAGGAAGUUAAAACGCCCCUCAGACUCAGGAAGGUUAAAACCCCCCUCAGACUCAGGAAGGUUAAAACGCCCCUCAGACUGAGGAAGGUUAAAACGCCCCUCAGACUGAGGAAGGUUAAAACGCCCCUCAGACUGAGGAAGGUUAAAACCCCCCUCAGACUCUGGAAGGUUAAAACCCCCCUCAGACUCAGGAAGGUUAAAUAAAACGCCUCAGACUGAGGAAGGUUAAAACGCCCCUCAGACUGAGGAAGGUUAAAACGCCCCUCAGACUCAGGAAGGUUAAAACGCCCCUCAGACUGAGGAAGGUUAAAACGCCCCUCAGACUCAGGAAGGUUAAAACCCCCCUCAGACUCAGGAAGGUUAAAACGCCCCUCAGACUGAGGAAGGUUAAAACGCCCCUCAGACUGAGGAAGGUUAAAACGCCCCUCAGACUGAGGAAGGUUAAAACCCCCCUCCAGACCGGAAGGUUAACACCCCCCCUCAGACUCAGGAAGGUUAAAACGCCCUCAGACUGAGGAAGGGUUAAAAGCGCCCCUCAGACUGAGGGGAAGGUUAAAAACGCCCCCUCAAGCACUCAGGAAAGGUUAAAAACGCCCCUCAGAACUGGAAGGAAGGUUAAAAUCAGCCCCUCAGACUCAGGAAGGUUAAAAAACGGCACCCUCAGACUGAGGAAGGUUAAACACGCCCUCAUACUCAGGAAGGUUAAAAAAAACGCCCCUCAGACUGAGGAAAGGUUAAAAAAACGCCCCUCAGACUCCAGGAAGGUUAAAACGCCCCCUCAGACGGAGGAAGGGUUAAAACGCCCCUCAGACCCUCAUGGAAGGGUUAAAACGCCCCUCAGACUGAGGAAGGUUAAAAAACGCGCCCCUCAGACUCAGAAGGUUAAACGCCCCUCAGGACUAGAGGAAGUUAAAACGCCCCCUCAGACUGAGGAAUUUUAAACUCCCCUCCGACUGAGGAAGGUUUUAAAAAAACGCCCCUCAGACUGAGGAAGAAUGGAAAAACCUUCUUUUUAUUCUAUGAGUUUAUUUGCCCAUAUCAAGUCUGUUCUGACCAAGUAUUACUUUUUUAAAACUUGUCUUCGGUGGGGUAAUUGGAGUAUUGAAAAAAAAAUAACAAACAAACUUUGACAGCCAUGGCCAUUCUAAAAAGAGUUUUAUAUUCUACUGUAAAAUGUAUGGGAAGCACCAUAAUAAGAUAUAGCACUGAUCUCCUCUCCUCCUCUCACUACCCACUCCUCCACUCCACUCUCUCCUCCUCUCCUCCUCACUCCACUCUCUCCUCUCCUCUCCACUCUCUCCCCUCCUCUCACUCCACUCCCUCUCCUCCUCUCCGCCUCUCCUCCUCCUCAUCCACUCGCACUCUCUCCUCCUCGUCCUCCCUCCACUCUCCUCCUCCUCCUCUCCUCUCCACUCCACUCCUCUCCUCUCCCCUCUCUCCUCCUCUCCUUCCACUCCACUCUCCUUCCCCCUCUCCACUCUCUCCUCCUCUCCACUCCACUCCUCUCUCCUCCUCUCCACUCCACUCUCUCCUCCUCUCCUCUGCUCCUCUCUCCACUCCAUCUCCCUCCCCCUCCCUCCUCCUCUUCUCCACUCUCUCCUCCUCUCCACUCCACUCUCUCCUCCUCUUCCCUCUCCACUCCAACUCUCUCCUCCUCGGCGCAAUCCCUCCCUCUCCCCCUUCCCCUCUCCCUCCUCCUCCCCCUCUCUCUUAACUCUUCCUCUCCACUCCCUCCACUCUCGUCUCCUCUCCCCUCUCUCCCGUUCCUCUUCCCCUCGUCUCCUCCUCUCUUCUCGUCUCUCCUCGCUCCUCCAGCUCUCUCCCCUCCCUGUCGCCCUCCACCUCUCCUCCUCCUCUCCCCUAGCCCACUCUCUCCUCCUCUCCUCUCCCGUCUCUCCCCUCCUCUCCUCCCCUCCUCAUCCUCUCUCAUCCUCCUCUCCGCCUCUCAUCUCCUCCUCUCCCUCCCCCCCUCUCGUCCUCCUCUCCUCCCCUCCCCUGCCCCUCUCCUCUCUCCCCUCUCCCCUUCCUCUCACUCCUCUCCCCUUUCCCCUGAGCUCGCUCUCAUCCUCUCAGCCUGUCUCAUCUCCUCAUCCCCUCGCUCACCCCUCUCUCCUCCUCUCCUCCUCUCGCCCUCUCUCCUGUCUGCUCUCCUCCUCAUCCUCCUCCGCAUGUUCCCACCUAUCCCCUCUCUGUGUCUGCUCUAUCCUCCUCUCCCCCUGAAGCUACCCCUCUCCGUCGGGCUCCUCCUCCUCUCCUCUAAAAAACCCUCAUCUCCUCUCCUCCCCUCUGCUCGUCCUUCUCCCCUCUCUUCCUCCUCUCCCCGUUGCUCCCUCUUCCACUCUCUUCCGUGGUCCUCUUCCCCCUUCCCCGCUCUCCCUCCUCUCCUCCUCUUCCCCUCCUCGGUCCACUCUCGGCAUCCUCUCUCCUCCGUAUUCUCUCCUCCUUCACUUCGCCUCCUCAUCCUCCUCAUCCCCAGACACGCUCCCUCUCUCCUUCCAUCGGUCGUUCUCUCCCCUCAUCUGCGCCUCUCGCCCCCCUCUCACCUCCUCUGCCCCUCUCGUCUCACUGCCGUUACCACUCCUCGCAGCCAUCCGCCCUGAGGGAGACCUGGCGCCUCCCUCUCUCCUCGCCCACUCCCCUCCCCUCUCUCCUCCCUCCACUCCACACUCUCCUCCUCCUCUCCACUCCAUCCACUCUCCUCCUCCUCUCCUCCACCCACUCUCUCUCCUCUCCCUCCCCAUCUCCUCCUCCUCUCCGCUUCCACUCCACUCCUCCUUCCUCUCUCCACUCCACUCCUCCCCUCUCCACUCUCUCCUCCUCUCCACUUCCACUUUCCUCCUCCUCUCCUCCUCUCCUCCGCUCGCCUCCUUCUCCACUCCACAUCUCUCUCUCACUUCCUCCCUCCUCUCCACUCUCCCUCCUCCUCUCCACUCUCCUUCUACCACUUCUCCUCCUCCCUCAUCUCCUCCUCUCCUCCUCUCCCCUCCAAUCUCUCCUCCCUCAUGCCUCUAUCCUCCUCACCUUGUCUCCUCCUCUCCUGUCCCUCCCUCCCUCCCACUCCACCCUCUCUCCGUCCUCUCCUCCUCUCCUACUCGCUCUUCCUCCUCUCCUCCUCUUCUCGUCCUUCCUCCCCUCUUCUCCUCCUGCCCUCGCUCCUCUCCUCCUCUCCUCCUCUCCUACUCUCGUUGUGCGGUCCUCCCCUCUCCCCUCUCUCCUACCUCCUCCUCUCCCCUUCUGCCCUCUCCUCUCUCCUCCUCUCCUACCUCCCUAUCUCGCGAUCCUUCUCCUCCUCUACUCCCCUCCCCUCUCUCCUCCAUCUCUUCGUCGUCCUGCGGGUUCCCUCGCCAUCCAUCGCCGCUCCUCUGCGCUCUCCGUCUCCUCUCCCAUCCUCUCUGACCGUCCCCCUCUCUCCCUUCCUCGUCCUCGCUCAUCCUGUCUGACUCGAUCCUCCUCAUCCAGUCCUCUCCGGUCCUCUCCUCACUCAGCUCUCUCCUCUCCUCGCCCUUUGGUGGGGCCUCCUCUCCACUUCCGCCUCUCUUCCUCCUCAAUCCUCAGCUUCGUCCUCUCGCUACCUCUGCCCCUCUCUCAACCCUCUUCCCCUGCUCUCCGUCCUCCUCUCUCCCUCCCCCUCUCGGUCGAGCUGGUGCGUGACUCCUCUCCGCCCCUCGCCUCCGUCCUCUCCCCUCCCCGACCAUACUCUCUCCCCUCCCAAUCAUUGCCCUCCUCCGUCUCCUCUUCCUCUCCUCCUCGUCCUCCUCUCCACUCCCAACUUCCGAACUCUCCUUCUCCUCCUCCUCUCCUCGCGCGCCCUCAUCUCCUCUCCCACUCUCUCUCCCUCCACCUGCUCCACUCCUCCUCCUCUCCACUCCAACUGCUCCUCUCUCCUCCUCUCCCUCCUCUCCCACACUCCGCUCCCGCUCCUCCUCCCUCUCCACUCUUCCACCUCUCUCCUCUCCUCCUCGCCACUCUCUCCUCUCUCCACUCCUCCACUCUCAUCCCCUCCUCUCCUCCGCUCCUCCUCUCCCCUGGCCACUCUCUCCUCCGCUCUCCUCUCCUCCGUCUCCUCCUCUCCUCAUUCUCCACUCCACCUCUCCUCCUCCCCCCUCUCAUCCCCUUCCUCUGCCAGACUGCUCCACUCCCUCUCUCCUCACUGCUCCCCUCUGCCACUCCACUCUCUCCCCAGUGGGAAUCUCCUUCCUCCUCUCCUCCUCUCCAGCUCUCGUCCUCCUCCAUCCCCUCCACUCCAACUCUUCUCCCUCUCCUCCACUCACCUCUAAACACUCUCCUCCUCCACUUCCCCAAUCCUCCCCUCCACUCCACUCUCUCCUCCUCUCCACUCCACUCUCUCCUCUCUCCACUCCAUCCCGCUCGCUCCUCCUCUCCUCCUCUCCACUCUGUUCCUCUCUGUCCUCCUCUCGCACUUCCACUCUCUCCUCCUCUCCACUCCACUCUCUCCUCCUCUCCUCCUCUCCACUCCUCUCACUCCUCCUUCCUCCCUCUCCCUCGCUCCCUCUCCACUCCUACCAUCAUCUCCCUCCUCUCCUCCGUCCUCCUCUCCACUGAUACCACUUCCUCAUCCUCCUCGUCCUCCUCCACUCCACUCUCUCCUCCCCCCCUCCUCCUCCACUCCACACUCUCUCCUCGUCCGUCCUCUCCAACUACCACUUCCUCCGCGCUCCCUCUCUCCCCUCUCUCCUCCUCUCACUCACACUCUCUCCUCCUCGUCUUCCUCCCCUCUCCUCCUCUCCACUCCCCUGCCCAGGGUCCUCCUCUCCUCUCCUCCCUCCUCCUCCACUUGCCCUCUCCUCCCUCCUCUCCUCAACUCUCCUCCUCCCCCUCCUGGUCCCCUCUCUGUCCCUCCUCGUCCGCCUCUCCUCCUCCUCUCCUCUCACCUUCCACUCUUCUUCCUACCUCAGAUCCGAAAACCUCUCCACACUCCUCCCCUCCCCACUCCCCUUCACUCCUCUCUAGUUCUAUCGCUCUGCCCCACAGCAGCAGAAUAUCCGAAUAAAGAUCCUGACCAUGAGCAUCUCAGCAUCUCAGUAGUAACAGUCAGACAGACAGGCAGACAGGCAGGCAGGCAGUCAGGCAGGCAGUCAGGCAGACAGACAGACAGGCAGGCAGGCAGGCAGUCAGGCAGGCAGACAGACAGGCAGGCAGUCAGUCAGUCAGUCAGGCAGGCAGCGUUAUAAGUUAGCACAACGUCGUUCUCCUAUUUGCAUAAUGAACUCACACUACACCAUGUUUAUAAUGAGCACAUUAAACACCCUGUGAGCCACGAUAAGUAGCCCCCUUCUCUGCAUUCCUAAGCUCAUUUGUAACUAGCGUCAGUGCGCUCUACCUAGAGGGGGGAGAACAGACAGACACAGAGAGACACACACACACACACACAUACACAGAGACACAUACACACACACACACACACACACACACAUACACAGAGACACAUACACAGAGACACACACACACAGGGAGACAGAUACCGGGAGACAGACACCGGGAGACAGACACCGGGAGACAGACACCGGGUGACAGAGACCGGGAGACAGACACCGGGAGACAGACACCGGGAGACAGACACCGGGAGACAGACACCGGGAGACAGACACCGGGAGACAGACACAGGGAGACAGAGACAGGGCUGUACGUGUUGUCUCUGUCCCAGCAUGGUGAAUUAAAUGGGGGCAGUAGUGCUGACAGCAGCAGGACUGAGGAAGUGUGUCCCCCUCUCUGA